GUCAUGAUAGCCACCGGGGGCCUGCUGCGCAUCGCGGCCCGGCGCCAAGAGUCGCUGCGCUGCAAGAGCCGCACCGAGAGCCAGCAGCAGCGCAGGAAAGCCAAGAAGAAGAAGAGGAAGAAAAAGAAGAAGACUGACGUGGUGGUCGUGAGGGGGAAGCUCCAGCUGUGCUCCACCUCUGGACUGGUGGCGGUCGUGGGGCUACUGGUGCUCACGGCUGGAGUAGCCAUGGCUGUGCUCGGCUACUGGCCCCAGGAGAGGCCGGCACGUCCGUUGAUGCCGAGCCACAGCCUGCUGCCGAAGUCCACGGGGAUCUAUGACCAAGGGCUGUCGACGUGGAACCAAACGCAGGAUAACGCGGCGCCGCAGCACGCGAAUAAAGGUCUGCAUGACCGCAACCAGUCCAGCAGCCCGGCCACAGGGACCCUGCCGGCUGCAGGUUUCUUUACCGCAUUCAUGGCCACGCACCUCAACUCGGAAAGGUUGAAGGUAUUUGGGCCGCUGACCAUAGGAAUCGGCAUCUUCAUCUUCAUUUGUGCCAACGCCGUGCUCCACGAGAACCGGGACCGGAAGACCAAAAUCAUCGACCUGCGGGACAUCUACACCACGGUCAUCGACCUGCAUGGUGCCCGGACGAAGGAGCACACUCCUCUCAACGGCUUUUUGGGCCACGGGUCGAGCUCCCCGUACGGCACCGCCAUGCCGACCCGAAGCUCUUGGCCGUCUACCCUGUGGGAUCGGCAACCGGAAGCGUGGUAUCGCAACCUGGCACACGGUCAGUCCUUUGGCAUGCGGCACAGCCCCCCACCAGAGCGAGAGACACCCACCAGCACAGUUUACAGCAUUUACCAGGAGCACAGCCAGAUAGGCGGGAACACGCCAGAACGUGGGCUGCGGGAGGUCAGCACAGCCACGCCCCCUGUAGUCGGUCCGCUCACUCUGCCUGCCAUCAAAGUGGACCGCUGCACUGGGGGACAUGGUCCUCCAGGGAGGGCGCAAGGGGAGGACGACUGCGGGAACGAUGGCACGACGCCCCAGAUGGCAGGCGGCAAGGACUCUGCCCCCGCUGACCUCCCAAGGACCGUCUCCGUUCACCUGGCAGACAAAGUCCACAGCUACAAGAGCAGCAGCAGCCUGCAGGGGGCGCUGGAGGGCUCGCAGGUGCAGCUGCUACCGCCAUCGCCGCACCAAAGACUGACCGGAUCCCACGUGUCUCUGGGUGCCCUCUCGGACCGCUUUAGCUCCGGAGAUCUGGCAGCGUGCCCAUCGGCACCGAGCGGCCAGGGGUGCGAGAGGGUUCGGCGCUUCAGCUGCCCUCGCCUGGACUUGGGCAGCAGGGGCUACGUCAAACUGGAAGCAUGUGAGAGAGACCCCCCCGUGUCCGGGGACGCGGACGACGCUCCGUAGCUUCGGACCUCUGACCCGCAGCGAGGCAGCGAACGACAGUCUGAGAGAGCCAGAGACUCGAACCCUUUCACACUCAGCAUUUCUUACACCUUUAAUAAAGGAUUA